CCCAAGGCGCAGGCGCACUCGCCUGUCUUCCAUUCCGCUUCCUCCGCCCUGGAGCUCCGCUGGGCUCGGGUGGGCCCCCUGCCGCGGAGGCACCGGCAGCGGCGGCGGCGAGAGUGACAGUGACCGCGCGAGGCCCGGGCGGAAAGGGCGAUGGCGAUGGCGGACAGCGGGGCGAGCCGCCUGCGGCGGCAGCUGGAAUCGGGCAGCUUCGAUGCGCGGCUGUACGUGAAGCAGCUCUCGCAGCAGUCGGACGGGGACCGGGACCUCCAGGAGCACCGGCAGCGCAUCCAGGCGCUGGCGGAGGAGACGGCGCAGAACCUGAAGCGCAACGUCUACCAGAACUACCGGCAGUUCAUCGAGACAGCGCGCGAGAUCUCCUACCUGGAAAGCGAGAUGUACCAGCUCAGCCACCUGCUGACGGAGCAGAAGAGCAGCCUGGAGACCAUCCCUCUGACCCUGCUGCCGGCCGCCGCCGCCGCCGCCGGGGCCGCCGCGGCCUCGGGAGGGGAGGAGGGGGGCGGGGGCGCGGGGGCCCGAGACCACCGGCGGGGCCCGGCUGGCCUUUUCCCCGGCCCCGGGGGUGCCCCCCGCGACGGCGCGGGCCCGGGCGAGGAGGGGAAGCAGCGCACCCUCACCACGCUGCUGGAGAAGGUGGAAGGCUGCCGGCACCUGCUGGAGACGCCCGGGCAGUACCUGGUGUACAACGGCGACCUGGUGGAGUACGAGGCGGACCACAUGGCCCAGCUGCAGCGGGUGCACGGCUUCCUGAUGAACGACUGCCUGCUGGUGGCCACCUGGCUGCCCCAGCGGCGGGGCAUGUACCGCUACAACGCCCUCUACCCCCUGGACGGGCUGGCCGUGGUCAACGUCAAGGACAACCCGCCCAUGAAGGACAUGUUCAAGCUGCUCAUGUUCCCCGAGAGCCGCAUCUUCCAGGCGGAAAACGCCAAGAUCAAGCGCGAGUGGCUGGAGGUGCUGGAGGCCACCAAGAGGGCGCUGGCCGAGAAGCGGCGGCGUGAGCAGGAGGAGGCCGCCGCCCCGCGCGGGCUGCCCCCGGCGGCCGCCAAGGCCGCCAACCCGUUCGAGGAAGAGGAGGAGGAGGAGGAGGACCAGCCGGCCGCCCCCGAGGUGGAGGAAGAGCGGGUGGACCUCUCCAUGGAGUGGGUCCAGGAGCUGCCCGAGGACCUGGACGUCUGCAUCGCCCAGAGGGACUUUGAAGGGGCCGUGGACCUGCUGGAUAAGUUGAACCGUUACCUGGAGGGUAAGCCCAGCCCACCCCCCGUGAAGGACCUCCGGGCCAAGGUGGAGGAGCGCGUCCGGCAGCUGACCGAGGUGCUGGUGUUCGAACUGUCCCCGGGCCGGUCCCUGCGAGGCGGCCCCAAGGCCACUCGCCGGGCGGUGUCCCAGCUCAUCCGGCUGGGCCAGGGCACCAAGGCCUGCGAGCUGUUCCUGCGGAACCGGGCGGCCGCGGUGCACACGGCCAUCCGCCAGCUGCGCAUCGAAGGGGCCACGCUGCUCUACAUCCACAAGCUGUGCCACGUCUUCUUCACCAGCCUGCUGGAGACGGCCCGCGAGUUCGAGACAGACUUCGCCGGCACGGACAGCGGCUGCUACUCGGCCUUCGUGGUCUGGGCGCGGUCGGCCAUGGGCAUGUUCGUGGACGCCUUCAGCAAGCAGGUGUUCGACAGCAAGGAGAGCCUGUCCACGGCCGCCGAGUGCGUACAGGUGGCCAAGGAGCACUGCCGGCAGCUGGGGGACAUCGGGCUGGACCUCACCUUCGUGGUCCACGCCCUGCUGGUCAAGGACAUCCAGGGCGCCUUGCACAGCUACAAGGACAUCAUCAUCGAGGCCACCAAGCACCGCAACUCGGAGGAGCUGUGGAGGAGGAUGAACCUGAUGACGCCGGAGGCCCUGGGCAAGCUCAAGGAGGAGAUGAAGGGCUGCGGCGUGCGGGACUUUGAGCAGUACACGGGCGACGACUGCUGGGUGAGCCUGAGCUACACCGUCGUCGCCUUCACCAAGCAGACCAUGGGCUUCCUGGAGGAGGCCCUGAAGCUCUACUUCCCCGAGCUGCACAUGGUGCUUCUGGAGAGCCUGGUGGAGGUCAUCCUCGUGGCCGUCCAGCACGUGGACUACAGUCUUCGCUGCGAGCAGGACCCGGAGAGGAAGGCCUUUAUCCGGCAGAACGCGUCCUUCCUGUACGAAACCGUCCUCCCUGUGGUGGAGAAGAGGUUCGAGGAGGGCGUGGGGAAGCCGGCCAAGCAGCUGCAGGACCUGAGGAACGCGUCCAGGCUGAUCCGCGUGAACCCCGAGAGCACCACCUCCGUGGUCUGACGCCGGGACCUGUUUCUGUGGACACGUGUCUAUUGCUCCUGUAGUAUUUAUAUUUAUGUUAAACGGCAUUAGCAUUUCCCCUGUAGCCUCCAACACAGCUGAACCGUAAAAGACGCCCUCUCAGCUAGAAACCCAAAAGGAGAAAGAGGAAAAUGUCCAAUUAAGCCCACAUAACAAAAACAUUGCAAUUAAUAAAGUAUAUAAUAUGCUUUUCCUUUUAAAUUAUGCUAACUCUCUAAUGAAUAUAUUGUCACACUGUUAUCAUUUCAGCUCAUCCUUUGAGUCAAAACAUACCUUCUCAUAGUAUAUAUGAUGCAGCAACAGGGAAGUAAUAUCUGUAAGUAUUUUAUGGAAAGUUUUCCAGUUCACCAAAAUGUUAGGUUUCUAAAAGGGUACAGUGCCACAUAAACAACCUGCUUCGUAUACUUCCACACAUAAAAAUGUGAUUGAACAAUUUGGGGGAAAGAAAGGAGUUGAGAAAAUUGGUUUUAGGGUAAAUUUUGUCCCAAAGAAUUCUUCCAUGAAAAUAGCUAGUUUGUGCAAAUAUUCUGAUCCUUACAUAAGAGGAAGCUUUCAUAAACCAGUUCAGCAGACAUUUCCAAUGUGAUUCAAAUGGCUAAUUAUUUUCAGCUGCUAAUUAGUAGCUUUAUAAUUGGUUUGGGAGCAUUUACUUGAAAAUCUUAAGGGCUAUGAUAAAUUAUUUUUUCAACAUAUUCCUGAACGGUGUGAAUGCCCAGCUGGAGCGUUUGUCUUUAUCAUUUAAAAAAGUAACAAGAAUCAGGACACAUUGAGGAACUGGCAGUACCAGUGAGCUUUAGCUGCCCCUCCCGCCUCCUAGAGUGGCUCAGACUUCAUGCAAAUGGGAGAAAAGUUUUCACUGAAAUACUUGUUCAGAUUUCAGGGUCUAGUGGAUGGGAAAUUAGAAAAAAAUCAUAUGCAAACCCCAUAGUGUUCUCAAGUAUAACUGUUUUUUUUAUUAUUAUUAUUGUUUAAAGUGUUACAUGUCUUUUUCCCCGAUUGAUAACUGCUUUUUAAAAAAACAUGUUUUUAUUGAUUUUAUAGAGAAAGGAAGGGAGAGGGAUAAAUAAAAAAACAUCACGAGAGAGAUACAUCGAUCAUCUGCCUCCUGCACACCCCCUACUAGGGAUCGAGCCUGCAACCCGGGCAUGUGCCCUGACGGGGAAUCGAACCGUGACCUCCUGGUCCAUGAGUCAACAUUCAACCACUGACCACACCAGGAUUUCCUAGAUAAUAACCACACUGGAUAUUUCAGCUGAACACAAAGAGUUAUAAUUUGUCUUUUAAGAUCACUGGAAACUUGAAUUUGAUUAAAAAAAAUUUGUAAUCAUUCUGUGCCACUUACAGCUUCUAAAAUGAUAUUGUUUGCGACACAUCCUGUGUGGCUAUUUGACGCUGGGUACAUAAAAUGACCCUCCUGAAGUCAAAACUGAAAUGUGCGCGCUCCGAUAUCUAGAUGGUUGCUUCUUCGUGGAACGGUCUGCUCUUUAGAGCUGGGAGUCGGAAUUUUCUUCUGUUGACAUGAACGUGCUCCUUCAUCAAAGCUGCAGCUGAAGGACGCGUGCUUCUGGCCAUCAGUUCGUGGGGGAGGUGGGGGGAGGACCACCGAGGUGAAGAGCGUAUGUACCUUUGUGCCGGGAGAGCCGUUACAUGGCCGCUCUUCAAAGGGGGGCAAGCUCUUCUCUCCAAUUCUUGUCUCAUUGGGCUCCGAGUUCUAAAACUGGAACGCACUCAGAGUGUCCGAAUGUAGCACGUGCUGCAGUCUACCACUGACGGGUUGGUGGCCUCCUUUGCUGGCCUCACAGGUAAUACUGUCACUUGUGCUUGGAAUCACAGACUGGAUUGACCUCAUUCCUGUUGAAAAAAGACACCCUGUGGAAUUAAGUCUUUUUUUUUUUUUUAUUAAAGCCUCAUGUCACGUAAGUGCAGAAAACUCGCUUAUUUUUGUUUAAAAUACUACCUAGAGUGACGAUCCGCAUUUGUAUUUUGCAACCUGCUUACCUGGGAGUGGGCGUUGGGACUUGACAUGCAGUAUGAAGUCGCCUAUGUACAUUUUGCCUGUUGGUAUGCUGUGAUGAGGAAGUCUGAAAUGUUUAUCAAAAUAAAGCUGACAGUUUUUCUUACACUGGAUAAAACUGGUUGCUAUUA